AUGGCAACGAAUUAUACUAAAUACGCUCAAUUAAUUAAUGCAUCCACUAACUACGCGCGGCGGAUGAAGCACUUGUCGAAUAGGAUAUUUGGUGAGGUUGCUAUUCCCACCAACUCAAAGUCUAUGAAAGUAGUAAAAAUUUUUUCAGCGCGGCCUCUUCACACAAACGAAGAAAUUAUCCAUUAUUACCCACGUCAUGUAGAAACUCAUAAAUUAAUGUUAAAACUGCGCGAAUAUGGCCUAUUUAGAGACGAGCAUCAAGAUUUUAAGGAGGAGAUGAAGAGACUGCGUGAACUUCGAGGCAAAGUUAAAGUAUGGAAGAGGAAGUUAGGCGAGAAGACAGAAUAA